AUGCAGCAUUCUCUACUGUACAAAGAAGACUUGGCCCAUCUUGAGGGUGUGUGGUGUUGUGCUUGGGGAAGAAAGAAGGAAAAAAAGAGUCGUGAAAAUCAAGAGUUAGCUGUUACAGAUGUAGAUGAAGAGGCAUCUUGUUCUUUUCUUUCUGAGACCAAGGAGAUGUAUGAUAUUCUUAUUACGGGCUCUGUUAAUUACGCAAAAAUUUGGUCUUUCAAGAAUGAUAAAUUGGAAAUGAAGCAUAAAUUAUCUCACCCAUGGGGCGUUGUUGCAGUUUCUAUAAACUCAGAUGGGACAAAAUUUGCAUCAACGACAUUGGAACCCAGUGUUUUUCUGUGGGAUUUAGAAUCCGCUGAAAAAAUAAAAAGUAUUGAUCUUGAGAUAAAUGACAUAUAUAAAGCAGCAUUUACUCCCGAUGACAAAUUGAUUGCGUUUGGGAAAAAUACGGGAUGUGUGUUAAUAACUGAUGUGGAGCCUGAAGAAUAUGUUGAAGAACUAAGGAUUUAUCCAGAGGGGAAUGUUAUUAGUACUGUUGCUAUGAGUUCCGAUGGAAAGUACAUUGGGUGCGGAUCUCUAAGUGGCAUUCUUGAAAUUUUUGAUGCAGCUACUGGAAGAAUAAUGCAUAGAAAGAAAGGAGAAGAUGCAGCUAUUCACUCUGUGUGUUUCUCAAUAGACUGCCAGUUCUUGUUGGCUGCUUCAGAUAUUGGACACAUUGAAAUUUAUGAAACUAAAACUGGCGAUAUGGUGGGUCGUUUGCCAGGACGUGAUGCACGUAUUUUGAGUCUUGCGUUCUCUCCUGAUAACCAACACUUUGUUUCAAGUAACAGUGACAACUCGAUUCAAGUGUGGGAUAUCAGAACACAGCAGUGCCUUCACACAUUCACAGAGCAUUCAGAUGUGAUCUGGGAUAUCACUUACAAUCCAGAUGGCAACAAAAUAAUGUCUGUUUCAGAAGACAAAUCCAUAAACAUUUAUGAGAGUGUGGUGGAUUGA